AUGCUUUCAAGAAGCAUCGCUACCGCGGCCCGUAUGGUGCCUGCUAGGGCGCUGCGGCCCCGUUCGCAUCCUCUCGUCAUGCUGCCGUCCAUGAUGCAGACCGUACGCACCUAUGCCGAUUCCGUCAUCAAGGUUCCCCAGAUGGCCGAGUCUAUUUCUGAAGGUACUCUCAAGCAAUUUUCGAAGAGCGUUGGCGACUAUGUGGAGCAAGACGAGGAAAUUGCUACCAUUGAGACCGACAAGAUCGAUGUUGCAGUCAAUGCUACCGAGUCUGGUACCAUCAAGGAGUUCUUGGUAGGCGAGGAGGAUACCGUGACCGUUGGGCAGGAUCUCGUUCGCAUUGAGCUUGGUGGCGCGCCAUCGGGCGAUAAGAAGGAUGCUCCUAAGGAUGAACCCAAGCAAUCCGAACCCGAGUCAAAAGCCGAGUCAAAACCUGAGCCGAAACAAGAGUCUGCCCCUGAGCCUAAAAAGGAAUCUGCUCCUGCUCCUAGGAAGCCCGAGACUCCCAAGCAGCCCGAGAAGAAGGAGUCAAAGUCUGAGUCUACCGCCUCAAGCGGACCCUCGAUGGGCAACCGAGAAGAGCGUCGGGUCAAAAUGAACCGUAUGCGACUCCGAAUCGCCGAGCGUCUCAAGCAGUCCCAAAACACUGCUGCUUCACUGACCACCUUCAACGAGGUCGAUAUGUCCAACAUCAUGGAGUUCCGCAAGCUCUACAAGGAGGACGUUCUCAAGAAGACUGGCGUCAAGCUCGGUUUCAUGAGCGCUUUCUCUCGGGCUUGUGUUCUUGCUAUGCGUGAUCUUCCUGCUGUCAACGCUUCCAUCGAAGGACCCAAUGGUGGUGACACCAUUGUCUACCGCGACUACGUCGACAUCAGCGUGGCUGUCGCUACUGAGAAGGGUCUUGUUACCCCCGUUGUCAGGAAUGCCGAGUCUAUGGACAUGAUUGGCAUCGAGCAGUCAAUUUCCGAUAUGGGCAAGAAGGCUCGUGACAACAAGUUGACGAUUGAGGAUAUGGCAGGUGGGACUUUUACUAUCAGCAACGGCGGUGUCUUUGGCUCUCUGAUGGGUACACCGAUCAUCAACCUUCCUCAAAGCGCCGUUCUUGGGCUCCAUGCCAUCAAGGAGCGUCCUGUAGCAGUGAACGGAAAGAUCGAAAUCCGGCCUAUGAUGUACCUCGCUCUGACUUACGACCAUCGUCUGUUGGAUGGUCGGGAGGCCGUGCAAUUCCUCGUCAAGGUAAAGGAAUUUAUUGAGGAUCCUCGGAGGAUGCUCCUGUAA